GUGGUGUAUAAAUAGACAACGACGCCGGCAGGCUUAGAGACAGUGCCUUCAGGACUUCUGUGCCUAUACGAUGCAGCUUGCAAUUCUCCUGAUAUGUGGGUUGGUGGCAGUCCAGUGUGCCCCCCAGCAGGCUAACCCUCCCAUCCCUAUCAUCUCCUCUAACUCUGAGCUCAGGGCUGAUGGAAGCUACGUCUACAGCUAUCAGACCGGCAACGAGAUUAAUGUGUCGGAAGAGGGCACGAUCAAACAGGCAGCCAACCCCGCCUCGCCAGAGGAGCAGAACGUCAUAGCGGUUUCUGGCAAAUACUCGUACAAGGCUGACGACGGCACCCUCAUUGAGCUCGUGUACACGGCUGACGAUGAGAAAGGUUUCGUACCAGUGGGAGCCCAUCUACCAACACCACCACCAAUCCCUGAGGCCAUUCAGAAGGCCCUGGAAUACAUCGCAAAACAGCCCUCGACCCCACAACCCAGCGGCUGAUCUCGUCCUUUCUAAAUAUUGCCAUAGUUUGUAAAUAAACCUAUUUUUGUACAAAUAAAAUUAAAACGUGUGGUUUAUGUUUUGUAACGCAUUUUAUAGAAUAAAGAGUUUUAUAUGAUCAUA